AAAGCAAUUAGCUAAAAAGAUAACCAAAAUUAUUAUCGAUGGCAGAAGGCAGAGCAACAAAGUAUGCAGUAGUUACAGGGGCAAAUAAAGGGAUUGGAUUUGAAAUAUGUAGACAGCUAGCUUCUAAUGGAGUGUUGGUAAUUUUGGGUGCUAGAAAUGAGAAGAGAGGGAUUGAAGCUUUGGAGAAACUUAAAGGCUUUGGUUUGGCUGAAAAUGUGGUGUUUCAUCAGCUUGAUGUUGUGGAUAAUUCUAGUAUUGAUUCUUUGGCUGAAUUUAUUAAGACAAAAUUUGGCAGGCUUGAUAUCUUGGUGAACAAUGCAGGAAUAGCUGGAGUCAGUGCUGAUGCUGAUGCCUUAAGAGCUAAACGAGAGUCCAGUGGGACAGGAGGAUCUCAAGUCAAUUGGAAUGAAAUAUUGAGUCAGUCAUUUGAGUUGGCAAAGGAGUGUCUUGAGACAAACUAUUAUGGUGCGAAGAAAAUGACUGAAGCAUGUAUUCCACUCCUCCAAUUAUCUAAGUCGCCGAGGAUUGUGAAUGUAUCAUCCUCUAUGGGAAAGCUAAAGAACUUGAAACAUGAAUGGGCUACUGGAGUAUUAAAUGACAGCGAAAACCUGACAGAAGAGAAAAUAGAAGAGGUGAUAAAUCAAUAUCUGAAGGAUUUCAAAGAAGAUUCACUUCAAGCCAAAGGCUGGCCUUCUUUAAUGUCAGCUUACAUAGUCUCUAAAGCAGCAAUGAACGCUUACUCGAGGGUCAUGGCAAAGAAGCAUCCGUCUAUACAGAUCAAUUGUGUCUGUCCUGGUUUUGUGAAAACAGAUAUCAAUUUCAAUAGUGGGAUAUUGUCUAUUGAAGAAGGCGCGGAGAGUCCUGUAAGGCUUGCUCUACAGCCUGAUGACGGUCCGUCUGGUUUGUUCUUUGAUCGAAAUGGAGUUUCAUCAUUCGAAUGAGAGUAUGUUGUUAAUUGUGAACGCGCAGCUGAUGAUAUAAGCUUAGAAUAACAUGUACUAUGAAUAAUCUUCAAUGAAAUGCAAUUGUGUGUUGUAUCAACA